AUGGAACAUUUCUGGUAUCUUUUAUUUCAGCUCAUGAAACAUGGGACCAACACUAUAGUAUUUUUUCCUCUAUGAUUCUGGGGAACACUGUUUUCUCUUGUAUAUGUAGGUUAUCCUGUAACACCAUGCAGAGAGAAGGCCUUUUGGCUCUACAGAACAGCCUGACUGCCCUGUCCUCAUUACACACCCUGGAUAUAAGAAACAACGGACUGAAUGUUCAGGUGAUUGAAGACUUGGUGAAGCAGCUGAGGUGUGGUCAUGUCCAACGCUAUAUCAGUAUUGAGGAGACGUGGAUCACAGCAGAAGCAGCUGUUAACCUGGUCUCCUGCUGCUUGAACCUGAACCACAACAUACACACCAUCAGGGUAAACCACACCACUGUACACAUUACUUUGGAAAACCCCACAAAUCUCACUACCAGUGGUGGUUCUGCAGACAUGGCUAGCUCUCUGUCUACCGUGACCAUCAGCCUAGUAGACUGUGCAGUACAAGGGCACCACCUAGUGUCUCUGCAGACUGUGCUCCAGAGAUGCCCUCUGCUGCAGGACCUAGAUUUGCCACACAACAGCAUCGGUAGAGUGGGAGCAGAGUUGCUCUGCUCUGUCCUACCAUCCUUAGUUAGUAUGAGGAAACUCUGUUCUUCUGGUCAUGUGAUCAGUGGCAGAGGAGCUGUAGUUCUGACCAGAACACUCCAGAACCUACCAAAUAUCAGAACAAUCAAUCUGUCCCUGUGCUCUGGUUGGACAGCUGAAGGAGCAUUGGACCUGGUCAAAGGGCUUGGACAGUGUCUCUCUCUGGAGGGGAUCAGCCUUGACUCUGCACAGCUGGAUCAAGAGAGCACAGUCUCCUUGGCACAGGGACUAUGACCUUCUUGAAGAGGCUAAAGGGAGGGGACCACACUGGUCCUUACUGGCCUCUCUGGAGGGGCUCAGAGCAAUGGAGGAGAUUGAGUUGGAGGGGAUGAGGAUGUCAGAUAAAGGAGUGGAGGAGCUUAUCAAACACCUGCCCACCUGGACAGGCCUGAGGAAGAUCAGGUAGGCUCCAGGGAUUACUGAACUGGAGGAAUGGCUUAGGGUACAGACUUGGACAAAAAAUAGUCAACAUAAUUGAAUGUGUCAAAUUAAGCUAAUUGAUUGCAUCGGCAAUCUGUCAAAUGAUCCAAUGUUAGAACCUGUCAAAGUACCAGGUAAUAUUCCAAUGGGCUUCAUGGGUACAACUUUGGUGUGUUUAGGAUUAAGGCAGACAUUUUACAUUUGUCAUCAUGAAAGAGGUACAGUGUAUU